AUGACUAAUGCAACAGAAGAUGUCUCAAUUGAGAAUUCAACAAGUGCCAAUGGAGUCCUUAACGAACAUGAAGCUAUUCAUCAACAGCCACCAACAGCAACAUCAACACCGAAGAGCAGCUUUAUUCGAAAGUUCAUAAACAGGAUUGACUCCUCCGACAAAACCCUAAUCCGGGUCCUGGCAAUAUGCAGCAGUCGUGAUAAGCUGUUUGGAUUCAUGAGGCCCUGGAUGAAAUUGCUUGAGAUCUCUGGCCAUGGUGGCAUAUGGCUCAUUAUUGUUCCUUCGUUGUUUUUCAUGGCUGGUGCAGAUAAAGUUUUGAAAGAAAAACUAAUCAACUUCCAGCUAGCUCUCCUGUUGGACAUACUCAUUAAUGCAACUAUCAAAGGCAUAUUCAGAAGAGAGAGACCAGAAAUGAAUGUCGACGAUCAGGACACCAUACUCGUCGACAAGUACUCUCUGCCGAGUGGCCAUGCUGCCAGAGCAAUGUUAAUCCUUUUCUUCGUUUACUCCAACUUCCAGAUAGGUUCAAUGUACUUUGAACUGUUGAGGAUUUGGGUGAUUUUUGUUCUUGCUUCUCGAAUCUUCAUGGGCCGGCACUAUCCAUCUGACAUUGUGGUUGGAAUGGUUAUUGGUGUAUUGGAGUCACUCUUGUUUCGCUAUCACGUUGUUUGGAUUUCAUUUCAAUCUCUUAUGAAUGCUAUAAAUAGUUAG